UGGGGCGAUAGAUCUGUUUGUGAGGAUGAAGGAUGCUGGAUUCUCGGCUAACCGGGGCACCUUGACGAGUGUCCUAAGGGCGUGCACUGGGAUGGUCAUGCUUGAAGUCGGGAGGUAGGUUCAUGCUCAUGUGCUCAAGUAUGAGGACUUGAUUCUGCACAAUGCACUUCUUGACAUGUACUGCAAGUGUGGAACACUGCAGGAUGCGGAUGCCUUGUUCCGCAGGAUGCCGGAGAGGGAUGUAAUCUCAUGGAGCACCAUGAUCUCCGGUUUGGCGCAGAAUGGGAGAAGCACCGAGGCGUUGAGGGUUUUCGACCUGAUGAAAUCUGAAGGAGUCGCACCGAACCGCAUAACGUUGGUUGGAGUUCUCUUUGCCUGCAGUCAUGCUGGUCUAGUGGAAGAUGGAUGGUACUACUUUAAGUCAAUGGAGAAGCUCUUUGGCAUUCGACCCGAGAGAGAACACCACAACUGCAUGGUCGAUCUCCUUGGCCGAGCAGGGAAGCUCGAUGAGGCUGUGGAAUUCAUCCAUGAGAUGAGCCUUGAUCCAGACUCGGUUAUUUGGAGGACUCUCCUAGGCGCUUGCAGGAUGCAUAAAAAUGCCAAUCUUGCAGCAUACGCAGCCAGAGAAAUACUUAAACUGGAGCCUGACGACCAAGGUGCUCGUGUAUUGUUGUCAAACACAUGCGGAUCUGCGGCAGUGGACAGAUGCUGAGAAGUCAUGGAAAGCGAUGAGAGACCGAGGUAUGAAGAAAGAACCAGGAAGAAGCUGGAUUGAGGUGGAGAAACAGGUCCAUGUGUUCAUUGCUGGUGACUUAUCACACGCAUCCUCAGACUCCAUAGUUCAGGAACUGAACCGGUUGAUUGGAAGGAUCAACGCUCUUGGUUGUCCCGCAGACAGAAUUUGUGCUGCAGGAUCUGGCGAUCGAGCAGAAGGAAGAUCUGCUGAAAUAUCACAGCGAGAAGUUGGCGAUAGCAUUUGGAACUAUGCAUGCUAUGGAAGGGAAGCCUAUCAGAAUAAUGAAAAAUUUGAGGAUCUGCGGGGACUGCCAUGCGUUUGCGAAGCUCAUCUCCAAGAGCGAAGGCAAGGUGAUCAUCAUCAGGGACCCUGUUCGGUUCCACCAUUUCCAGGAUGGAGCUUGCUCCUGUAGUGACUACUGGUAGCCGGAAGCCAGUUAAUUGUUAUACAGCGUUCUCACUUUAUGAGGUUAGUGUUUUUUUUAAAAAAAACACUUGUGAGGUUAGUGGUUACUGGCGACAAGUACUGCUUCUUUGAUCCUUGUGAAAGUGGAUGUCCUCUCUGUUCACUGGUGACCAGAAUUAUGUAGAUUUUCUGUUUAUUGAAAGAAGAGUAAGAAAAGAAUGUUUCUAGUCAAAAGGAGCAAAGGCAAAAAAGAUUAAAAAGGGUACAAAAAGAAAGGUGAAGAUAGCAUGCAGAUGUCACGGCCCAUGAAAGGCCCACUGGGCCACCCUUCUCCCUGGUCCCAUCAUCUACGCAGCAUCGCAACAGCCAACAGGCGACGCAAGCGCCCCGAAAACAAACGACGCCAGUUUCCGCCGUCCUCCUCCGUCGAGCUCCAGCCAGCCACGGUCCCGUGGAGACCGCCGGUGACACGGCGCCGAUAUUAAUAGAGCAGAGGAGGAGCGGGGCGGUGUCCUUUGCCGGUGGCUGUGGUGUUAGUGAGGCGCGGCGAGAUGUCGGUGCGGAUAAAGGCGGUGGUGGACAAGUUCGUGAGGGAGCUCAAGGAGGCGCUCGACGCGGACAUCCAGGACCGCAUCAUGAAGGAGCGGGAGAUGCAGAGCUACAUCGCGGAGCGCGAGCGCGAGGUCGCCGAGCGGGAGGCCGCGUGGAAGGCUGAGCUCUCCCGUCGCGAGGCUGAAAUCGCGCGGCAAGAAGCAAGGCUGAAGGUCGAAAGGGAGAACCUGGAGAAAGAGAAGAGCGUCCUCAUGGGGACGGCCUCAAACCAGGACAACCAAGAUGGAGCCCUGGAGAUCACAGUCAGCGGCGAGAAGUACAGGUGCCUCCGGUUCUCCAAGGCGAAGAAAUGAGAGCUUCGCUGGGAUGAGCUACCACGACACUACUGAACUAGCCACUGAUAGUACUAUAAGUCGGAACCAAUCUGAAGCCGUAGCAUCCUACUCUAUUUACAAUCUGGAACUGUACGAGAAAUUCUGAAAUCUGCCUGGACGAGUAAUGGGGAGGAAUCUCUCUCGUCUGGGGUGCCUGGUUGGCUGCAUCCCCUCCUGUUCCUAACUGAUAGCUAGGGUCACUCAACCAACGCAAACCUGAACAUGACGCGGUCCUGUACCGCCAAUCAAGUGCCCCUGGGUCACUGUAGCAUGGA